AUGUCGACAGAAGCAGUCAAAGACGACCAGCCGGUCGACCCAUUACAGCAAAAACGCAUUUCCACCGCGCCAGUGCUGCGAAUCAUCCCUCCUUUGAACUUUUGCCCUGUCGAGAAGCAGCUCUAUAGAUCUGGCCAGCCGCUGGUGAUCAACCAGUCUUUUUUGCAAGAAUUGAAUCUCAAAACCAUCAUUUGGCUCGCGAGUGAAGAGCCCGCUGAAGAGUUUUUAGACUACUGCUCUCGUCAGAACAUAAAUAUUGAGUUUGUGGGGAUGAUCAACGACUACAACUACUCCAACAUAAAUCCUUGGGAUCUGUUGGACGAGAGAACAAUUAAAAAUGCUUUGGAGCUUGUGUGUAAUAAAGACAAUUACCCGCUACUAGUUUGCUGUGGGAUGGGUCGUCAUAGAACGGGUGCUGUCAUAGGAUGUCUAAGAAGACUACAGGGCUGGAAUUUGGCCAGUGUGUCCGAGGAGUAUAGACGUUUUGCGGGAGCUCGUGGGGGUAGAAUCUUGGUCGAGCUUCUCAUAGAGAGCUUCGAUGUGCUGACAGUAGAGGUGGAGCCACUGAAACUUCCCGAUUUCUUACGCUGA